AUGGAAGAAACAUUAAUGCCCUACCUGCGAUGUACUGAGAAGGACCGCCGUCUUGAUGCGCCUGCGUUUUCGCUCGCACUUCAAGGCCCAGAAAGCCUGUCGCGCACAGCUCCAUAUCUUUUUCAGGUAACACUGCAGCGUGUAGACGAAGAAAGCAAGAUUUGUCUCUUCUCAUGGACCCCGCAGAUGCAUGGCUUUAUUGCCGAUGGCGGAUUUAUUCUUCUUCAUCAUACCGCGCAAUGCGAAUUGAGACUAUAUUACGACGUCUUCCCCGAGCGUCUUCUCUCACACCUUCAAACUGGAGAACGAUAUGUACUUCUCUGGCCUGGGCAACGAUAUACCUCAUGGUGUCUGACCGACGGUGCAAGUGUCUAUGGCUAUAUCCCCCCCGCAAGGACUGACCUCGUCUUGCCAGGCGGUCCAUUUCUGUCCUUCACGGUCGAGGAUGACCGGGACAGACCGAUGGCGCCAGCGCCAUUUUCCGGAGCGAGAGAAUCCUGUCCCACGCUAAUCGCAAGAAUUGAUUGCCAUCCCCAGGGCCAGGUCGCUUUGAGGGAUGACCUUGUGACUGCGACGCUGCAUGUUACUUACGAACGGACCGGUGAUGGCAGUGGUGGACCAAUUACGUUCAACACUACGGGACUAAGCCCCAAGCUCUGGGUAUGGCGCGAUCGAUGGGUGAAUAUGGAAGGCUUCAGUUGCGGUUGGGGUAGUAAUACCUUCUGCGAUGACCCGGAUAUUCAAGUCUCGCCCGGCUGCGAUGACAGCUUUGCCUGUCUGCAUCCGGACGAAACCUGGUCUAACACCGUUCGAUACCCGUUGAUUACGGACAUUGAGAGCAGCGAUGGUGGAGAGGCUGAAGUCGGGGAAAGGAUACGGUGUCUCUUUGGAGGAAAUGAGCCUGUUUGGUGGGCGUGGGGAACUCGAGAGGAUCAUCUGGCGACCAUGGUCACAGUCCCAGCCACUGGAAGCUGGACUGUGCUGGGUCCUAAGCAGAAUCCUGUCGUUAUCGUUCCUGCGGCGGCUCCAGUUGAUUUGCAAAUUGUAUAA